AUGAUGAAGAUCCUUCUGCUUGCCGUGUCACUGGGCUUUGCUGCUGCUGCCCCUCGCGAUGACGACAAGAUUGUUGGUGGUUACGAGUGUGCGAGGCACUCAGUGCCCUGGAUUGUCUCUCUCAACGUGGGAAGGCACAUGUGUGGGGGAUCUCUGAUCCACCCCGAAUGGGUGGUCUCCGCCGCUCACUGCUAUCGGGGUGGUAUCCAGGUGCGUCUGGGGGAGCACGACAUCACGGCCAGAGAGGGCACCGAGCAAUUCAUUAGAGCCGCCAGAGUCAUCAGACACCCCGGGUUUAACUACCGCACCCUGGACAACGACAUCAUGCUGAUCAAACUGUCCAAACCUGCUGCACUCAACAGCAACGUGGGGACCAUCGCCCUGCCGAGAAGCUGUGCCUCUACGGGGGAAUAUUGCCUGGUAUCCGGCUGGGGAAACACCGAGUCCCACGUGGUCAGCGGGGACCGGCUGCAGUGCCUGGAUGCGCCUGUUCUCAGCAAUGCCGCUUGUGAAGGUUCCUACCCUGGGUUGAUCACCAACAACAUGAUGUGCGUCGGUUAUCUGGGUGGCGGGAUGGAUUCUUGCCAGGGAGACUCCGGUGGUCCCGUCGUGUGUAAUGGAGUGCUCCAGGGCAUCGUGUCCUGGGGGUACGGCUGUGCGGACAGAGGCUACCCCGGAGUCUACACCAAGGUCUGCAAUUACAUGUCCUGGAUCCAGGACACCAUCGCCGCAAACUGAGCUCAUCACUUGGUAGGGAAGAAACCUCCAAUCUAAUAUGGUGCUGAACAAUUCUCUGCUCCACGUCCUAG